CCAUACUUCAUGUGGAAGAACAUGAGGCAAACUGACCCAUUGUGUCAGGAAUGUCUCCAAGAGACAGCUCAAAUCCAAGAAGAAAAGCUGUUCAAGCUGCGUGCGCGCUGGGACGACGCGCGGGUUGCAGUACCCUUUCCCAGGACCGGGUUCAGUUUGCCCACACAGGCAAUUCUAGUGGCAGCGCCAGUGGCAGCACCACCAGAGGCAUCGCUGGAAGUAUGCAAGCAGCUCAAAUUUAUGGCCAGCAUCUUCCUGGCUCCUCAUACCCAUCAGCCGAGCCUGAAACUCGUGAGCAGCUGCUAGAGAGAAUCAGGUUUCUCAACGAACAAAUUGGAAGUCUUGAAGCACUUGAGGAAAGACCGAACCCGCCUCCAGGGAACAGCCUGAGAACCUUUGGCGUCACAAACACAAGAAACCCCUUUGACAGCGUAGGAAAAUCUGGCAAACCCGCAAUAACAGCCGACAAGUCGUUCCGUCAUAGACCAACUUAUGGCCCCAUUGGGCGGGGUGGUCUACGGCAAUUGGUGCAGAGCAGUGAAGCUGACAAUAGUUAUGCUCCGACCUCGAAUUCCUUCGGCGCCAUCGGACAGCAACGAAAUCCCCCAGGAAACGGCGGAGGCUCUGGUUCUCAGAACUCUCAGCCAUGAUCCACGUUGAAACAAUGACAAAACAUCAGAAUUUGAGAGUGAUGGAACUAGUUGAACUGCAAGGAGCGCACUGGAUGCGUU